AUGGCGACCCUCCCAUAUUCCAAAGAUGAAUUGAGUCUUAGCAUCAAGAUUCUGAACUGCCGCAAUUUGUUGAUUGGUGAUACGGUAUCGUCAGAUCCAUACGUCAGAAUUCUACUAGGAAAGAAGGAGUUGCACAAGACAAAAUACUUGAUGAAAACUUUGAAUCCAGUGUUUACUGCCAAGGACAAUAAUGAAUUUGAAACCCAGUUCUUGUGGGGGGACUUGACCAAAAAGGCUGGUCUAACCUUCGAGGUGAAAGAUUGGGAUCUCGUUGGGAAAGACGAUUUCAUUGGCUUUGUCAAGAUUUCACCUUCGGAACUUCUCAAAAUGGCUUUGAAAGAAGAGGCCAUUUCUAUUCCGCUCGAACUCCCACCCAACAUCAAAAAAAAGGGAGGGGCCGGAUCGAUUACUAUGUCAAUACGGCACACUUCUACCACCGGAGUCAAAUCCAAAUAUUGGGCUCCUCCAAGUGCAUCCAUGGUGGCUAGAAGAUCCACUCGAGUGGAUCCCUCUGACAUUCCGUCCUCCUCCUCGGACGACGAGAGUAUGAAUUCCAAUGGCAGCCUACCUGAUUACAAUAAGGACCUCUUCAUUGAAAUCAUUUCCUGUAAGAACCUCCUUGCUGGUGAUGCCAAUGGUCUUUCGGAUCCAUACGUGAAGGUCCAAAUGGGCAAAAGGUUCUUGCAUCGGACUGCCGUCAUUAAGAAUACUUUGAAUCCUGCGUUCACCGCCGAUCACAAGAAUUCCUUUAUUCUGGAUUGCCCUGCCAAAGAUCUUUGGGCCGCUAAGGGGAUCGAAUUCCUUGUCAAGGAUCACGACGAUGGGAUUGCUGCUCUUGGAUUUACGAACGAUGAACUGGGAUCUGCCGAGGUAUCUGCUGGUAAACUCUAUAAGGCCAACGGGACGAAUAUGAAAAUCAAUAUUACUCCUCCCAAGGACUCGAAGGAAUUUCGUCGCGGCCUUCCUGCAGGGUCCAUCACCAUCCGCGUUCGGCAAGCCACAGCGGAGGACAAGAAUGAGAUCCGAAACCGGGCCGGAAUGUUCAAGAAAAAGGCCACUCCCAGAACGGAAGCAAGGAAGUUCAUUCCCGAAGUUGACUUAACCGGCAUUGACAAGAAGAUUCUGAUGGUGGAAAUUCUAUCAUGCCGCGAACUUCUGGCCGCAGACAAGAACGGACUCUCCGAUCCCUACGUUUUAGUCAAGAUGGGAUUCAAAGACUUGCACAAGACUGGCCAUAUUGAUAGAACAUUGAAUCCUACAUUCUCCAGGGAUCACAGGAAUUCGUUUGUCAUUGAUUGUUCUGUUUCAGAGCUCUUUGGAGCCAAUGGCGUUCUCAUCAAGGUUAUUGAUUAUGACCGAGGUAUCAUAUCUGGAGACGACGAAUUGGGUUCGGUGCAAAUACCAGCCACUACCAUGUACGAAUGUCAGGAGGAGGAGUAUCAUUUGGAUCCACCUCCUGGCAGGAACGAAGAUCCUGGAUAUGUCACCAUCCGAAUAACUGAGAUUACCAAGGAGCAGCGUGAUUUGCACAAGAAGGGCAAGCUAUCGGCUCCAAAGCAAGUCAUGCCUGCGGGAUUGAACACAUCGGAAAGUGGGCUCUCCGUCGUUUCAUCUGGAUCAUAUCACAGCACUUCGGUAAUAAAAUUCAAAGACAUGCAUGACAAAACACUACUGGUGGAAAUUUUGUCCUGCCGUGACCUGAUUGCUGCAGACAAGAAUGGGUUGUCUGAUCCAUACGUCAGGGCCAAAAUGGGAAAGAAGGAAUUGCACAAAACAGGCUGCAUAACAAAAACCCUGAAUCCAGUGUUUAGCUCUUCUCAAAACAAUUCCUUCCUUAUCACGUGCUCGAAACUGGAGCUCUCCGGAGCCCAAGGUAUCCUCAUCCGAGUUCUGGAUUGGGAUCGUGGGAUUGGCGGAGACGAUGAUUUGGGAUGGACCCAAGUCCAGGCGGAAUCCUUGUACGAAUGUAAGGAGCAAGAAUAUCCAUUGAACGCACCCUACGGAAGUGGAGAGGCUGGAUUUGUAACUAUCAGAACCACCGAACUUUCCGAUGAAGAACAGGCGAAGUACAAAAAGAGUAUGCUAUCCCUCGUUUCCAAAGCACCACCACCGCCGCCUCCGACAUCCAACUAUGAAAGCAAUUCGUCGCUUAACCUCACCGACAUGGAAGAAAAGAUUAUACUGGUAGAAAUUAUGUCUUGCCGGGACUUGUUAGGUGCUGACAAGGAUGGAUUGUCGGACCCAUUUGUAAGAAUCAAGAUGGGAAGCAAGAAUAUACACAAGACGGAGCGCGUCAACAAAACCUUGAAUCCUGUCUAUUCGGCGAAAGAAAACCACUCCUUCGUCAUUGAUUGUUCUAUUUCGGAGCUGUUGGAAGCCAAAGGUAUCCUAGUGCGUGCUGUAGACUGGGAUCGUGGUUUCGGAGGAGACGACGAUUUGGGAUGGGUUCAGAUUUCGCCCGAAUCUUUGUAUCAAUGUAAUGUACAAGAGUAUCGUUUGAAUCCUCCAUAUGGCAAGAACGAAGAUGCCGGGUAUGUAACCAUUCGAACAACUGCAAUUUCUGCAGCGGAACGGGACGAACACGCAAAGGGGAUUCUGGCGUUUGCUUCGAAACCAGCAGGACCACCAGUUGCAUCCGCGACGAUUGAAAGCCCGAGUGCGAAUGCAAAAGGCCUGCUUGAGGGCAAAGGAAACCUUACAUCGGCUGAGCCCGAGGUAUAUGAACCUUACGACCCGGACGCAGCUUUCAUUGCAAGCGAGGAGCAGAAAUUUCGCAUGCUCCUCGGAGCAGUUGUGGUCUCAAGCAUACUCCUUGUUGCUCUUACUGCUAGUGGCGUCACAGGACGCAGUGCUCGCAGUGGAGCAGCAAAACUUGACAUGGAACGGGUUGGAGAAAGAAUAUCCAGACCUCGCGAGUAUGAACCAAUAGAAACUCGUGGUGGCGUCUGCGCUGACCUUUCUGGAUGGCAAGAUGCAUAUGGCGUUGAUUGUGAAUACUACAAAGAGAAGGAAGAUGCCUGUGAAAAAUAUGCUACUAGUAUCGGCAGCUUUGGCAAGACACCCCUCGAAGCCUGCUGCGUCUGCAAGAAUGACACUGAUUGCUUUGAUCUUGCUGGUUGGACAGACUUUUAUGAAGAUACUUGUGGAUGGUAUGAAGAAAACGAGCCGAUUGGAUGCCCCAACGAAGGCCACGUGAAUGGUACCGAUAGCGUGAAUGCUUCACAAGCCUGUUGCCACUGCCAUGGUUCAACUUGA